AAAUAUGAUCUGUACCGAACCAAGUUUUGAUACUGUAGCUAGGUUUAAUGAAUUGCCCAAUCUUUGGGACGCUGAUGAAGCAAAAAACGAACAAGUUACUGAAGAGACCUUUAAAACUUUAGGACACCUCUUCGUAGCCUACCAUGUAGAACGUAUUUUUGGCCUUACCCUUUUGCAUAACCACUUCUCUCUUGAAGAAGGUGAAAUUUUACUCGAAACCGGUUCUUUGUUUGACUCUCAACAAGAAAUCGUUAGCCAACCAGUUAAGGUUGACAAAUUGGCUUCGCCAGCUCAAGGAUUCAAUUGGAGAAUCAUUAAUAAUUCUUAUGUCCCCUAUGAAUUUCGGCCUAAAAACAAAGAUUUGAAAAUAGAAUUCUCUUCUCCCGAUAUUCAAUCGUUCCUUGAAGAAUUUUCACAAAAGUUAAAUGAACUUGAUUUAACACGUAUCUUCGGCAUAUGCACUAUUAAUGAAGAAGAUUUUAUAAAACCUGGCAUCGAAUAUACUAAUGGAAGAAAAAAUAUAACAAUUCCUUUAGCUGAUUCGACGGAUAUCUUUGAUAAGGUUAUCGAAGCACUAUGGAUUUUUAAGAGUGAUUCUAAUGAGAAAAUCAUUCAACGGGGUUGUCAACGGGUUUGUUCUAAAUCAUGUGGCAUUCGCGGUAGAAAUCAUGCUAAACUCCAUUCACCUUCUCAUUCUAAAACUUAAACUCCAUAAACCUACUUAAAUAAAGCGAGUUUGGCCGAAUCAAUAUAGUUUACUUUAUAUUGUCAACGAAUUUUUAUUUUUGUAAUUCGUGCAAACAGCAAUU